AUGGCGGCGCUGGAACACCGCCGCAACCCUCCCGUCCUCGGCUACUUCCGCGAAGGCGAAGCUCUUGACGGCAUCCACUUCCAGCCCACCACGGAUGCCCCCAAUCGCGUCCCGCAGGGCCGCUUCCCCUCCCCCACCGGCGACGGCGACCGCGGCACGCUCCUCGGAUGCCGCCACGGCCUCGUGCUGAUCUUCCACUCGUCGAAGGACGACCAGGUCCUAGUCUGGGACCCCGUCACCGGCGACCAGCACCGCGUCGCCACUCCCACGGGGUUCGACGUGCAAGAAACCCCCUUCGACGGGGCGGUGCUCCGUGCCGCCGGAGGCCACUUCCAGGUGGUGCUGGUAGGCUACAAGCAGAAAAGGAACCCACGAGCGGCCGUCUGCAUUUACUCGUCGGAGACCGGCGUAUGGAGUAAUCUCCUCUCAACACCGGUUCCACGCGACGCCGCUGGGUAUCAAGCCAUGCCCGCUGUGCUGGUCGAGGAUUCCCUUUACUGGCUGUGUUCGAGUGUAAUUCUUAAGGUGGAUUUGCGUGUGCAGAGCCUAGCUGUGAUACAGGUGCCGGCGGAUAUGUUCGCCGAGGAGAAAUACUUGAUGCGAGCAGAGGGUGGCGGGCUGGGUUUGUUCUCUUUGUCAGGAUACACCGCCCGAUUAUGGAAGAUGAACGCCAAUGCCGAUGGUGUUUCUUCGUGGGUGUUGGGAAGAACUGUUGAGCUGGGCAGGCUACUUUCUCUGGAUUCAAAGAGGGAGACAAGCUACAUUCAGAUGAUAGGGUACGCCGAGGAAAAUGGUGUGGCUUUCUUGCGGACAGUUGCCGGUAUCUUCAUGGUCCAGCUUGAGACAUUGGAGUUCAAGAAACUUCUCGAGAACAACAACUGUGUUGUCUGUUAUCCAUUAGAAAGUGUCUAUGCUGCAGAAACAAGCACUGGUGGUGGACAUGAUGCCCUAGACUCCACCGCCUCCCCCAUGAGCGCUCAGGCCGGUGAGAUGACGGCGCUGGAAUACCGCCAUAACCCUCCGGUCCUCGGUUUCUUCCGCGAAGCUCUUGACGGCAUCAACUUCCAACCUACCAUGGAGGCCCCUAAUUGCGUCCCGCACGGCCGCUUCUCCUCUCCCAUCGGUGACGGCGACAGCGGCACACUACUGGGAUGCCGCCAUGGUCUUGUACUAAUCUUCGAUUCAUCGAGGGACCAGGUCCUGGUCUGGGACCCCGUCACCGGCCACCAGCGCCGCAUCGCCACUCCCGCGGGGUUUGACGUGCAGCAAACCCCGUUUGACGGGGCGGUGCUUCGUGCUGCUGGAGGCCACUUUCAGGUGGUACUGGUAGGCUACAAGAAAAGGAAUCCACGAGCGGUCGUCUGCAUUUACUCGUCGGAGACCGGCGUAUGGAGUAAUCUCCUCUCAACAACGGUUCCACGCAAUGCCGUGCGGUACCAAGCCAUGCCCGCUGUGCUGGUCGAGGAUUCCCUUUACUGGCUGUGUUCAAGUGUAAUUCUCAAGGUGGAUUUGUGCAGGAAGAGCCUAGCUGUGAUACAGGUGCCAGCGGAUAUGUUCGCCGGUGACAAAUACUUGAUGCGAGCAGAGGAUGGUGGGCUGGGUUUAUUCUCUUUGUCAGAAUACACCGCCCAAUUAUGGAAGAGGAAUGCACAUGCCGAUGGUGUUUCUUCGUGGGUGUUGGGAAGAACUAUUGAGCUGGGCAGGCUACUUUCUCUGGAUUCAAAGAGGGAGACAAGUUACAUACAGAUGAUAGGGUACGCUGAGGAAAAUAAUGUGGCUUUCUUGCGGACAGUUGCCGGUAUCUUCAUGGUCCAGCUUGAGACAUUGCAGUUCAAGAAACUUCCCGAAAACAACAACUGUGUUGUCUGUUACCCAUUAGAAAGUGUAUAUGCUGCAGAAACAAGCACUGGUGGUGGACAUGAUGCCCUAGAAUCCACCGCCUCCCCCAUGAGCGCUCAGGCCGGUGAGAUGACAGCGCUGGAAUACCGCCAUAACCCUCCGGUCCUCGGUUUCUUCCGCGAAACUCUUGAUGGCAUCAACUUCCAACCUACCAUGGAGGCCCCUAAUCGCGUCCCGCACGGCCGCUUCUCCUCUCCCAUCAGCAACGGCGACAGCGGGACACUACUGGGAUGCCGCCAUGGUCUUGUACUAAUCUUCCAUUCAUCGAGGGACCAGAUCCUCGUGUGGGACCCCGUCACUGGUGACCAGCACCGUGCUGCAGCCCCCCCAAGGUUUGACGUGCACCAAACCCCCUUUGACGGGGCGGUGCUUCGUGCUGCUGGAGAUCACUUUAGGGUGGUAUUGGUAGGGUACAAGCAAAAAAAGAAUCCACAAGCGAUUGUGUGCUUUUUCUCGUCGGAGACUGGCGUAUGGAGUAAUCUUAUCGAAACACCUAUUCCACGCGACGCCGCGGGGUAUCAAGGCAUGCCCGCUGUGCUGGUUGGGGAUUCCCUUUACUGGCUGUGUUCAAGUGUAAUUCUCAAGGUGGAUUUGCGUGAGCAGAACCUAGCUGUGAUACAGGUGCCAGUGGAUAUGUCCGCCAAGGACAAAUACUUGAUGCGAGCAGAGGGUGGUGGGCUGGGUUUAUUCUCUUUGUCAGAAUACACCGCCCAGUUAUGGAAGAAGAGGAAUACCGAUGCUGGUGGUGUUUCUUCGUGGGUGUUGGGAAGAACUAUUGAGCUGGGCAGGCUACUUUCUCUGGAUUCGAAGAGCGAGACAAGGUGCAUUCAGAUGAUAGGGUACGCCGAGGAAAAUAAUGUGGCUUUCUUGCGGACAGUUGCCGGUAUCUUCAUGGUCCAGCUUGAGACAUUGCAGUUCAAGAAACUUCUCGAGAACAACAACUGUGUAGUCUGUUAUCCAUUAGAAAGUGUCUAUGCUGCAGAAACAAGCACUGGUGGUGGACAUGAUGCCCUAGACUCCACCGCCUCCCCCAUGAGCGCUCAGGCUGGCAAGAUGACAGCGCUGGAAUACCGCCAUAACCCUCCGGUCCUCGGUUUCUUCCGUGAAGCUGUUGACGGCAUCUGCUUCCAAUCUACCAUGGAGGCCCCUAAUCAUGUCCCGCAUGGUCGCUUCUCCUCUCCCAUCGGUAACGGCGACAGCGGCACACUCCUUGGAUGCCGCCAUGGCCUCGUACUAAUCUUCCAUUCAUCAAGGGACCAGUUCCUCGUCUGGGACCCUGUCACUGGCGACCAGCGCCGCAUCGCCACUCCCCCGGGGUUUGACGUGCACCAAACCCCGUUCGACGGGGCGGUGCUUCGUGCUGCUGGAGGCCACUUUCAGGUGGUAUUGGUAGGCUACAAGAAGAAAAGGAAUCCACGAGCGACAGUCUGCAUUUACUCGUCGGAGACCGGCGAAUGGAGCAAUCUCAUCGAAACACGGGUUCCACGCGAUGCAGUGCGGUACCAAGCCAUGCCUGCUGUGAUGGUCGAGGAUUCACUUUACUGGCUGUGUUCAAGUGUAAUUCUCAAGGUGAAUUUGUGUGGGCAGAGCCUAGCUGUGAUACAGGUGCCAGCAGAUAUGUUCGCCAAGGAUAAAUACUUGAUGCGAGCAGAGGGUGGCGGGCUGGGUUUAUUCUCUUUGUCAGAAUACACCGCCCAAUUAUGGAAGAGGAAUGCAGAUGCCAAUGGUGUUUCUUCGUGGGUGUUGGGAAGAACUAUUGAGCUGGGAAGGCUACUUUCUCUGGAUUCGAACAGGGAGACGAGGUCCAUACAGAUGAUAGGGUAUGCUGAGGAAAAUAAUGUGGCUUUCUUGCGGACAGUUGCCGGUAUCUUCAUGGUCCAGCUUGAGACAUUGCAGUUCAAGAAACUUCUCGAAAACAACAACAGUGUUGUCUGUUAUCCAAUAGAAAGUGUCUAUGCUGCAGAAACAAGCAUUGGUGGUGGACCUGAUGCCCUAGACUCCGCGGCCUCCCCUAUGAGCAUGACCGCUCCUGCCGGCGAGAUGACAGCGCUGGAACACCGCCGCAACCCUCCCGUUCUCGGUUACUUCCGUGAAGCUAUCGAUGGCAUCCACUUCCAGCCUACCAUGGAGGGCCCAAAUCGUGUCCCACAUGGCCGCUUCUCCUCUCCGAUUGGCGACGGCGACAACAGCACACUCCUCGGGUGCCGACAUGGCCUUGUACUAAUCUUCCACUCGUCGAGGGACCAGAUCCUGGUGUGGGAUCCUGUCACCGGCGAACAAACCGCAUUGCCACUCCCCUAG